UGCAAAUACUAUUCUUGUCUAUUCAACACCACCACCACCAUAGCAUAGUAUACCGUAGUAUACCACUAACAGAGCAAUAUAACAAAACCUGUCACAGCUCUCUUGAACUGAAAACCCUGUUGACGCUUCUAUUUUCGUCAAAAUGAGCUCCGCAGCACUCUCUGAAUUUACAAGGUUUCGAUUGAAGCUGUCUGACAGUGUUUACCACGACUGUUUUUUGAAAGAAGAUGCAGAGGCAGAAAACAGUAUUUUCCUUAUAAACGUCCCUAGCGAUGCUACAGAAAAGUGCAUCAAAAACAUUAUGUCAGAACUCGGUGGUCGUGUGGUAACUGUAAAUCCACCGCUGUCAAAAAAUCGCUCCUGCAAUCUAAAGUUACAUAUUCAAUUGCUUGAAGAAAAUGAAGUCAAACGUGUGCUGAAACAAGCUAGCAAGAAAUCGCUGGUUAUCCAAUGGCCCAUGACUCAAUCCUCCGGUUUAGAACGUUUUACAAGACAAUACGAUCGCCAAUUUCCCAGACAUGAAGUUUUGCAAGAAAGUGUUGAUGCGUAUAUGAACCGGGUUGCCAAAAUGGAAGCUGAGAGAAAGAAACAACUUCUACUUGCUCGUAACCAACCCGACGAAGAUGGUUUUAUUACAGUCGUCCGUGGUGGACGCAACCGUGUCGGCAAUGAAGAAGAGGCAAAGGCCAUUUUGGCUCGCAAAAAGGAGGUUGGAAUCCAUCACAACUUUUAUCGCUGGCAAGUGCGUGAAGAGAAAAAGAAGAAGCUUAAUGAUUUGGUCCGAAAGUUCGAGCAGGACAAACAAAGAAUCCAGCAGAUCCGUGAAAGUCGUCGGUUUAAGCCCUAUUAAAUUCUCUAAGAUCUUGGUGACUUUGGUCUCAUCUCAACCAAGCUAGUGACAAAAUUUUGUUUUUGUAUUUUUCGGUUUUCGUGGUAUAUAUGUAUUAGGUGUACAUCUAAGCACUCGUUUCUAAAAGGUUUAAAUCAAAAUCCAAUCCGCAAAAUGCAUCAUAUAAAGCCCUUUGAUGAACAUAACUGCUUCUGAAGCCGGCGAGCUGUGGAACAUUUUGUUCAAGCUUUUCCAAGUACGGGUCGUCGAAAACAAGAUCGCGUUCGUCGAAGUACUUGCUUGGAGCAUGCGUCCCCUCCAGCGGAUCAAAUGCGGGAACAUUUGGUAUUACAGGUGCAUUACCAAAGAGGGCGUUAGAGAAGCCAGUAGUUGAGAAUGUUUUCAUAGCUGGAUGUAACUCAUUUCGUUGCCGUUUAAGUGUGGAUGAUAGUUCAACAAUUUUGUUGGGAUCUUUUCCAGACGUUGCCAAAUCGUGAAUGAUUUGCUGUUCAACUUCUGCUUUAUGCUUGCGCUCCAACUCCUCUUCUUGUAGAAUCGCUUCUCUUGCUUGUUGCUUCUGUUUUUUUGCCAUCAUUUCGUUGUGGGCCAACGCUCUUGCUUCUGCUAAAGCCCGAGCAGAAUUUGUAGCAAUGGAUUCUUGAUUUUGCUUUUCAUAUGCUUGCACUUGUGCUUCUGUUUGCUCAACAUCAAUGUCGUAAAUGAGGUUAAAAGCUGUAGUCUGUUAGUAAUGAGAAAGGUAUUGUAACACUCACUCA